AUGAACAUUGAGAUUAAUAGUAAUGAAACAUUACAUCAUAUUAAUAAUGAAAAUAAUACUGUAAAUAGUAAUAAUAAUAGUAGUAAUAAUAAUAACAAUAAUAAUAAUAGUAAUACACAAACAACAACAACAACAAUAACAACCACACCAGCAACGACAAUUACACCAACUAAACAACAGCAACAACAAACAAAUAAAAAGAAUACACAAACAACAACACCAACUUCGACAGCAACAACAACAACAACCAAUACAAAUUCUAAUAUAAGCAAACUUACUACACCAACAUCAACACCACCAUCUUCUAUAAAUGGAAAAUCUAAUACGAAUAGUAGCAGUUUACAACAGCAACAACAGCAAAUGCAAUUGUCACAAGCAAAUAAAAUAAUUCUUUUACAGCAAGGACCACCUGUUUUAUCACCACCGGCAGUGUUUGGCAUUGUCGAACCACAGCUUUAUCGUACAAACUCACUAUAUCCUAUCAAUUUCCCAUUCAUCAAACUAUUGGGUUUGAAAACCGUUGUACAAUUAUCACCCGAAGUACCAAUUAAAGCUGUUACCACUUUUUUAGAAGAGAAUAAUAUUAAUCUGAUACAUCUUGGUUUGAAAGCAUGGAAAGCCGAUUGGUAUCAAUCAGACCGGUGUACUGGUGGGCUGUCUGCGUCGACUUCAGAAUUGGAACUUGACGUCGAUCCUGGUGGAAACAACACUCGUUAUGUUAACGAACAGUUUAUAGAGUUAUUCGAUGUCGACUUGGUAACUCUACCGAACCGACUACCUCAAUGGUUCAUCGAUCAGCAAAAGAUGCUCGAGGAUGAAGAACGUGAAUAUCAAGAAGAAGAACAACAACAAAAAUUGGAAUGUAGUUCGCUUCAAAAGAUCUCUGAAAUAUCUCCAAUUUCAACAACUGGAGCACCAACAACUGGAACUCCGACAACUGGUAUGACUACUAGAACACCAACAACUGGAGCUCCAACAACUGGAACUCCAACAACAGGGAUUCCAACUGGAACUACAACACUUCCAACAACUGGAAUUCCGAUAACUAGAACUCCGACCACUGGAACUCCAACAACUGGUACUCCUUCAACCACAACCACUGAUAUAUCUGUACUAGUGACUACAACAACAGCACCAUCCAACAACAGCGACAACAGAUUUGAUGGUGUUGUCGCAACUGAACCAAAUAAAGAUCAAUUUAGUGUACUACUCUUAGAUUCAUCUGAUAUUUUAUCUUUUGCUGCUUAUCAUGAUAAUCCAAAUGUUAGUUUAGCUAGUAACAACUAG